GGCGGGCCUGUGGCACCCUUCAGCCCCAUUCAGCCUCCUUCAGCCUGGCAUCCCGAGGCUCCCGCCGGCCGCACCGGCGCCGCUUCCCCUGCCGCAGAGCCUUUGGGAUCGGAAGGCAUCGCCGGAGAUCCGCAGUGAGCCCCGCGGAGCAGGUGGCGCGGCCAGAAUUUGGAUCGAGCUCAUCAUAGACCUCUCCCAGCUUGUGUGCUUCGGGCUGGGGCUGCUUUGUCCUGGUUCACACCCAAAGACCAGAACCUCCUUCUGUGCCAGUUCCUUUCAGCACAGCUUUCCUUUAGCAGCGUUGCUUAUCCAUGAAAGUUGUGAGUGCUGCAUGUGUGCUUUUCAGAGCAGUAGUGUGAGGAAGCUGGCAGUGGAAUGGCAGGACGGCCUCAUCCUUAUGACAGUAACUCCAGUGAUCCAGAGAAUUGGGAUCGGAAAUUGCAUAAUAGACCUCGUAAACUUUGUAAACACUCAAGCACCUCAUCCCGUGUAGCCAAAGGAGUGGAGUGCAGCAAGAUGAGCCUGCACGGCGCCGCCGGGGGCCACGAGAGAUCCAGGGACAGGCGGCGCUCCAGCGACAGAUCCCGCGACUCGUCCCACGAGAGAGCAGAGUCCCAGCUCACCCCGUGCAUCAGGAAUGUCACCUCACCCACAAGGCAGUGUCAUUCUGAUCGCGAGAAGGAUCACAGCUCCUCUCGGCCCAGCAGCCCCCGGCCCCAGAAGACGUCCCCCAAUGGCUCUGUUGUCAGCAUGGGCACCAGCAGCAGGAACAGCAGCCAGUCCAGCUCAGAUGGCAGCUGCAAGGCUGCUGGGGAGAUGGUGUUUGUGUACGAGUACGGCAAAGAGGGAGCCCGGAAUGUCAGAACUUCCGAGCGAGUCACACUCAUCGUGGACAACACCAGAUUUGUUGUAGAUCCUUCCAUCUUCACUGCACAACCUAACACAAUGUUGGGCAGGAUGUUUGGAUCAGGCAGAGAACACAACUUUACACGGCCCAAUGAAAAAGGAGAGUAUGAAGUUGCUGAAGGAAUUGGUUCUACUGUGUUUCGUGCUAUUCUGGAUUACUACAAGACUGGGGUGAUUCGCUGUCCUGAUGGGAUUUCUAUUCCUGAGCUGAGGGAAGCAUGUGACUAUCUCUGUAUCUCCUUUGAGUACAGUACUAUCAAAUGCAGAGAUCUGAGUGCUCUCAUGCAUGAACUAUCAAACGAUGGUGCUCGCAAGCAAUUUGAGUUUUACCUGGAAGAAAUGAUCCUGCCAUUGAUGGUGGCCAGUGCCCAGAGUGGGGAGAGGGAGUGCCACAUUGUUGUGCUGACAGAUGAUGAUGUUGUUGACUGGGAUGAAGAGUAUCCCCCCCAAAUGGGAGAGGAGUAUUCACAAAUUAUUUACAGCACAAAGUUGUACAGAUUCUUCAAGUACAUUGAAAACAGAGACGUGGCCAAAUCGGUUCUGAAGGAAAGGGGACUCAAGAAGAUCCGGCUGGGCAUCGAAGGGCGCUGGGGCGGUGACCUUCGUGUCUGUGUUUCCCCUGGGUUUGUGACCUUGGUGACCCCGAGCUGGCCUGGCCCCGCUCCGCGGCCCCGCCGUGGCACGGCCUUAGGAGGCAGAGUGGGAAUUGAUAGUAGCACUUUACAAAUGGUUGAGAAGUGGAAUUUGAAGCCAUUUUUUAUAAAUGUAUUGCACAAUACUAACAAAGUGCUUCUAUCAAAGGUAUUAACUGUACAUAGUUUUGCUCCGAAUAGGUUGACCCUUUUGAAGUUAUUGUAUAUGGUUGAGCACAAAACUACUUACUCUUGGGUUUUUGGAUUGAGGACGUGAUUCAAUGACCCAUGUAACAUCUUGUUCAAGUUCUUUAGUGAAUUUUUUCACUUGUUUGCAGCGUGAGCCAUGUUCAAAAAUUGUGAACAACGGACAGGGGCUUUAUCUUAAAUUUUGCCUUACCUUAAGCUGUUCACAAAUAUUUAUUUAAUACAUUUUUCAUAAGUGUCAUGAAAUAGGAAAAUGCAAAUGGUUCAUUCUUCAUUUAUUAAUGAUUGUAAACAAGUUUUUCAUGCAAAUAAAGUUUCCAUUAUUUUAAUGGGCUUGAA